GCCUUUAGUGAGUAAACCGUUCUAGAUACCCCGGCAGAAUCGAGCUUAUCGAUCGGAAUUGCUGACAGUCAGACUUUCAAUUCGUACUGUCCGGAGGCGCUUCGUUAUUCUCUCCUUUGUAUCUUUCUUUCACAGACAGCAUCAGCAUCUUCCUCAAACUCCAGUCAUCAAUCUGUCUUUAUACAAACACGUCUGUUAUCAUUCUUAAACCUUAAAUCAUUCCUCAAACACUAUGUCUUCAAGAUACGCAGCAGCUCAUGCCAACCCCCAAGGGCCUGGAGACGCUCGUCCAACUGCUCUUCAAAUCAUCCAAGACGAGAAUAUCGGCGCCAAACUCCUAGGCAAAACCAUAUUGAUCACUGGCUGCUCUUCAGGCAUCGGUAUCGAAACAGCAAAGGCCCUCCACACUACAGGAGUCAUCCUCUACCUCACAGCACGCAACAUCGAUAAAGCCAAAAUCGCUCUUGGAGACCUCGUCACCCAACGCAACGUCCACCUCCUAAAACUCGACCUCAACUCCCUCUCCAGCGUCCGCGCUUGCGCCAGAGAAUUCCUCUCCCAAUCCCCUCAACUCAACAUCUUCAUCGCCAACGCCGGUGUGAUGGCCACCCGCGAAGGCCGUACAGAAGACGGAUUCGAGACACAAUUUGGCACCAAUCAUCUCUCUCACUUCCUCCUUUUCAGCCUUCUCAAAUCCACCCUAUUGGCAUCAUCAACGCCAGCAUUCAAUUCCCGAGCCAUUUUCCUCUCUUCCGUUGGUCACCGCCUGGGACAACCUGACUUUUUGAACUUGAAUUUGGAAGGGAACUACAAUCCAUGGGUUGCUUACGGUUCCUCCAAAACCGCAAACCUCUGGACAGCCAACGAAAUUGAUCGUCGCUACGGCUCUCGCGGCCUCCACGCCUGGGCGGUCCAUCCCGGCGGAGUAGCUACCGGAUUAGCUCAACAUAUUUCUGCCGAAGAAAAAGCCGUUAUGAUGCAAGACACUACACUAUUGAAAAUAGCCAAGACUUCAGAACAGGGAGCUGCGACUACUGUCUGGGCUGCUAUUGCUGGGGAGUUGGAGGGGAAGGGAGGAAGGUAUGUGGAGGAGUGUGGGACUUUUACUGGGCCGUGGGAUGAGAAGACGGGGAUAUAUGAUUCGGGGUAUGCGGUUUGGGCUUAUGAUGAAGCGAAGGAGGGACAGUUGUGGAAAGAGAGUUUGAAAUUGGUAGGGUUGGAGGAUGAGUUGUGAAGUGGAGCGAGCUAGUGGAGAGGUCUAUGAGCAAUUAGGAGUUUUUGUUUUAUGUUCUCCCCUUCACCUCCUUCGUACGUUAUUGGCAUUCAAAAUGCGCUUCUAAAUGUCCCC